UGACCCGCAGCAGUGUUGGGCGUGGCCCUGUUGGCCUAGGAAGAUGGGAACUGUAGUCCAACACAUUUGGAGGACUCCAGGCGUGCUGGCAAGAGUGUUGGAGCCCUGGAACAGUGUGACUGCGGUGUUUGGCAAAGACGUGGUCCUCCCCUGUGCCUAUCAGGCCACGGAGGGCGAGAAGGUGCUCCAGGUCACCUGGGUGAAGCGAGGGGACAAUGGGCAGGACGUGGAGCUAGCGGUGCUGAAUUCAGAGCACGGGGUGCACGUCCAAGAUGCCUACGUGGGACGUGUUCUGCGGCAGUCGCAAGGAUCUCUGGUGAAUGGCUCCAUCCUGCUGAAGAACGCGGUGCAGGCCGAUGAGGGCGCAUACGAGUGCCAGCUCAUCACGUUUCCCCUGGGCAACUUCGAGUCCCGCCUCGCCCUCAAGGUUCUAGUGCCCCCCUUGCCGACCCUGAACCUCGGCCCGCCACUCGAGGAAGGACAGGGCCGCACGCUGGCUGCCUCAUGCACAGCGGAAGGGAACCCCGUGCCCACUGUGACCUGGGAGACCGAAGUGCGUGGCACAGCCAAGAGCCAACAGUCCUCACACCCCCGCUCAGCCUCGGUCACCAGCGAAUUCUACCUGGUCCCGGGGCGCAGCAUGCAUGGCAAGGCCUUGACCUGCGUGGUUUCACAUCCAGGACUGCAGCACCAGAAGAGGAUCACCCACACCCUCAGUGUGGCCUACCUCUCUGAUGCCUCCAUCCUGGGUCACGAGGCAGAGCAAGACUGGAUUGAAGGCAAGGAAGGGGCUUCUUUGAAGUGCCUUGGCGAUGGGAACCCCCCACCCACGUACAACUGGACUCGGCUCAGUGAGCCUCUUCCCAGGGGAGUGAAGGUCAAAGGGGACACCUUGCUCUUCCAGAGACCCCUCAGCCUUGAAGAUGAUGGUGUCUACGUUUGCCAAGUGGCCAACAGCUUCGCAGUCAAGGAAGUGAAGGCUACUUUGAGCAUCAAAGGGCUCCCAGCUCAGCAGGUGGACGUGGUCUCCAUCUCCAUGAUCGGGGUGGGCAUCAUUUCUGUCAUCUUGCUCAGCUUAUUGGUCCUGGUGAUCGUCCUCAUGACUUGCUACCACAAGCGGAAAACCAAGCGCAUCACUGAGAAAUACGAGGAAGAACUGACUUUGACCCGGGAAAAUUCGAUCCGGCGCCUGCAUUCAAGCCACAGCACUGAGACCCGGAACCAGACCGAAGAAAACCUUCCCCUGAGGUCAGAGAGCCGGCAAGGGAGUUUCCGUGGGGACAGUUUGUGCCGGGAAAGCCUGCGAGGUGAUAGUUUGUGCCGGGACAGCAGGCAAGGCAGCUUUCGGACAGACAGCUUCCGGGAAACCAGCCUCUGCUCAGUCUUGAGUGAGGAAGCCGAGGGACGCAGCUACUCUACCUUGUCAACAGUCCGGGAAAUUGAGACCCAGACAGAGCUUCCCCCGCCACCCCCAACUCCUGUCCCAGAAGACCAGGUGGAGAAGGACAAAGAGAAGGAGAAAGAGAAAGAAGAGGAGGAAGAGCGGGACGAUGAGAAUAACAUCAAACAAGCAAUGACUCACUUUGUCCAAGAGAACGGCACUCUCCGGGCUAAGCCUACCUCCAACGGCAUUUAUAUCAACGGCCGGGGGCACUUGGUGUGACGCUUGCCCCAUUUCCUGCCAGAUUCCUGGACCCAUCCAAGCACUGAGCCCUUGUCCCGACUGCUUGCUGGUGCCUCCCUUUGGCGGGGAGCAAAAGAGCCCUUGAGACUGAGGUCACUCCUUCCAAGCCACUGGCCCACUUGGCUGAAGGGUGUCUACCUUUGGAUCUCUUGAAGGGCCCCUUUCUUCUUCCCAGGAACUCUUCCAGACUUUGGCCAGAGGAGAAGAAGGCAACUGGUCCUCUAAAGUGAAAGAAACCUGAAGUCCUGAAGAUGGUCAGAGACCAGUUCAGGAACUGGGAGACUCUUUUGCCAACCUGGGCAGGACUGUUGCAAUGCCUGGGCUGCCUCUUCUGCCUGUUGGUGCAAAAAAAUGUUUUUUAAUCGUUUGAGGCCAGGGAUGAUUUGGACAGGGGAUGUGGAAGAAGCAUUGGGGAAGGGAGGAGUGACUCCCUUCAGUGCUUGCAAGGUGACUUUGCUUGGCUCAGGGACAGAAUCACUGAAACUCUCGCGCCUUUUAUAAUAAUUAUUCUACUUGUUGUUGUUACGGUUCUUAGUCCAUAAUGGUUAUGGACAAAAAUUCCCAAAGGCCACCAGCGGUUAAAAGAUGAGCUCGAUUUUAAUUAUUUUUAUUAUUAUUAAUAUUAACUGGGAAAGGAAAGUUUCCACUGCAACCUUCAAGGAGUUUCCAGAGCCACAGACUAAAUGCUGAAGAAAGCAGAGCGUAGGAGAUCCCCAUGGAAGCCCCAUCUCCAGGCUUUCCAUGGAGUCA